AGGGAAGCGAAGGCGAAGGUUAAGGCUAAGCGGCAACAUUAGGAAACGCGACGACAAGACCAGUCGUCUCCUUCACUUCCUUCCUUCCUUCCAGCCAGCCAUAGUAGCAGCCGCUCGUCUCUCUCUCUUGCCCUUUCGCUGCCUCAAAACUUACUUCCCGCUGUUUCUCUUCUUCGAUUCUCACAACCAAUCCCUUCCGUGUGUGUGUUUAAAUUCGCCAUUCCGAACACCUGUGCUCCCGACGAUUUAUGAGGAAACCCAGCGAGCAUUCUCCGCGUCUUUCUUGAGAAAGGUUACUUGUUCAAAAAGUCUGCCCUGUGUUCUAUUAGGUGGGCGGACUUUUAUCUCAAACAAUGGGCAGCACAUUUAAUCCGCAGAUUCUGGUGGACAAGCUGGCAAAGCUCAAUGGCUCACAGCAGAGCAUUGAGACUCUUUCACACUGGUGUAUUUUUCAUAUGAACAAGGCAAAACAAGUCGUGGAGACAUGGGAGAGACAAUUCCAUUGCUCCCCACGUGAGCAGCGAUUGGCUUUUUUGUAUCUGGCAAAUGACAUUCUUCAGAAUAGUAGGCGAAAGGGUUCGGAGUUUGUUGGUGAGUUUUGGAAGGUUCUUCCAGGUGCACUUCAUGAUGUAAUUGAGAAUGGAGAUGAUACUGGAAGGAAUGCUGCACUACGGCUGAUCACUAUUUGGGAGGAAAGAAAGGUUUUUGGUUCUCGAGGGCAGAUUCUCAAGGAGGAGCUUUUGGGAAGGCACGUGGACAAUAAUAAUAGAAAUGGAAAGAAUUCAGGAUUGAGAUUGAGACAUUCUGCUGGAAAUGCAUUGGAUAAAAUAGUUUCAGGUUAUCAUGCAGUUUAUGGUGGGCAACUGGAUGAAGAUGCUAUAUUGGGAAAAUGUACAAAUGCUAUUAGCUGUAUUCAGAAAGUGGACAAGGAAAUUGGUGGUGAUAUUAAUUCUGGGAACCACAACAGUUCUGUGGAGGAACUUCAAGGGCAGCAUGCUAUAUUGACGGACUGUAUUGAACAGAUGGCAGCAGUUGAAUCAUCAAAAGCCAUUCUUGUGUCCCAUCUGAAGGAAGCUCUUCAGGAGCAGGAGUUUAAGCUGGAUCAAAUCCGCAAUCAGUUACAGGCAGCUCAGUCCCAGUCAGAACAGGCAGAAAAUUUGUGUAGGCAGUUACACAAUGACAAUGUGCAGUUAAGAGCUGAACAUGUUAUGAAAGAAACUAAUACGUCCAAAGCGCCCCACAGUUUUCUGACAGGCAGUGGAGAACAAUCAGCUCCAGUAAUGUAUACGCGGCAGGUGUCUUUUGCUGAGAAGUCUGGAGAUGAUCCCAAAGCUGCAGCAGCUGCCGUGGCUGCUAAGCUUACUGCAUCGACAUCUUCAGCUCAGAUGCUGACUUAUGUCCUCUCUUCUCUAGCAUCCGAGGGAGUCAUAGGCAGUAGGAUGAAAGAAUCUCCCAGUGAUUAUCCUUCUGAAAAGCGAACUAAGCUAGAGAAUGACCAUCCAUCUUAUGUUCCGCCGCAGAAUCCUCAAUUACCACCUUAUCCGCAUCCUGAUUCACUGCAGGCCAGUGUACCGGUAACAACACAAGAAUUGGCUGCAAAUGAACAACCACCUCCCCCGUCCUCUCCUCCGCCCCUGCCGCCACUACCACCUCCCAUGCAGCCAUAUCCUGUGCCUCAAUUCCCCCAGACCGUGGGAUCAAUGAAUGUGCCCUAUGGCUACGGCCCAACCCAACAGCAGCCCCUGCCAAUUCCUGGCUAUUCCCCUGUAGCCCCCAUGAACGGUGUUUCUCCCUUCGCUGCUCCUUCAAAUCCCUACCAAACUUUUCAAGGAUCCGAAGGCGGUUUCUACAGCCAGCCGUCAUCCGUGCCAAUGGCACCAAUAUCUCGGCAGUGAAAUUAUGGGUCUUGUUUGGUGUCCAAGUAGCUAGAGGUCUUCUAGAGAUGGAAUUUAAAGGCAACCUGGAGAAUGUGGAGUUUUUUUUUUUUUUAGCCUGGAAGCCCAAAUGCUUGUAUGAUGCAGUUGUGGCACUUGAUAACCCUCAUAUAAGUAGAUUUUGCACAUGGUAAGUAAAUGCUUGUAACCAUAUUUACAUUAUGUUGGAAAUUGAUGUAGCUCAAAACAGUUUUAGUGGGAGGUUGAAUAUGAGAAAUUUAACUAUGUUUAUCUGGA